AUGUCUUCAGAGGAUAUUCAGCCUUUGCUUCUCGAGCUCCACAAUGCACUCGUUGAUACAGACGCAGUUUCUACUCAUACAAGUGACUUAGAGGCAUUUUCACAAUCAAAGUAUCCUCAAUACACUGGUGUACCUCAUGCACUUGUUGUACAUGUUAGGACAACCGACGAGGUUGUCAAGGUUGUCCGUCUAGCAUCAAAGUAUCGUGUUCCUAUAGUACCUUAUUCUGCUGGAACCAGUCUUGAGGGCAAUGUAUCUGGGAAUAAGAAAAGCAUCUGUAUUGACCUCUCUCGGAUGAAUCAAAUUCUGAAGAUUAAUGAGGAUGACGCAGAUGUUGUAUGCCAAGCAGGUGUUGUUUGGAAUGAGCUGAAUGAUUGGUUGAAGGCUAGAGAAAUUCCCCUGUUCUUUCCUCUUGAUCCUGGAGUUGGAGCAACGAUUGGUGGUAUGAUUUCGCAAGGUUGCUCUGGAACUAAUGCUGUCAGAUAUGGAACUGCAAGAGGAGAAUUAAUCUUAAACCUUACUGCUGUUCUGCCUUCAGGCGAAGUCAUUAAGACACGCCAGCGUGCUCGUAAAUGUGCUGCUGGUUUUGAUCUAACCAAGCUCUUCAUUGGUGCAGAAGGUACUUUAGGAAUCAUUACUGAAGCUACUCUCAGAUUGGUGCCACGACUUCCUGUGUCAGUAUCUGUUGUUUCAUUUCCUAAUGUUAGGAGUGCUACACAAGCUGUCUGUGAAGUUCUGAAUCAUGGUGCUACUAUUCAAUGUGCAGAGCUGGUCGAUGACUUGUACAUUCGAUCUGUGAAGCAAUAUGGUACAUUUCCAGUAACAUGGGAUGAAACAGAUACAGUCCUUUUUAAACUCCAGGGGUCUGAGGCAGUUCGGAUGGACACAGUAAAGACUGUUGAGACAGUUACACACAAAUACGGUGGCUAUGGCUACAUGCAUAUCACAAAGGAGGACGAUGUGGAAUCACUCUGGGCAGAUCGCAAAAAUGCUCUAUUUGGCCUACUAAAGAUGUAUCCAGGAAGUAAAGGGUUUAUAACUGACGUUUGUGUGCCAGUCUCAAAGCUGCCUGACUUGAUUGUUGCAACAAAACAGGAACUAUCUGUACGAAAUCUAGUUUCGCCUUUAGGUGGUCAUGUUGGAGAUGGAAACUUCCAUUGUUUUAUUCUAUAUCAGGACAACAAGGAGCUGGAACUUGUGAAAGAAGUUGUGGAUGUGAUGAUUCACAAAGCAAUAGCACUGGAGGGAACAUGUUCUGGAGAGCACGGUAUAGGGCUUGGAAAGAAAGAUUAUCUUACAAAAGAGCUUGGAAACGGAACUGUCUCACUAAUGAGAGCAAUUAAAGCAUCCUUGGAUCCAUUGAACCUUUUUAAUCCUGGAAAGCUGUAUCCAGACUGA